AUGUCCAGGUUAAUUGUUAAGAACUUACCAAAUAAGGUUACAGUCGAAAAGCUUAAAGAGCUUUUCAGUGAAAAGGGUGAAGUGACUGAUGUGCAAUUGAAGUAUACAAAAGAUGGAAAAUUUCGAAACUUCGGAUUCAUUGGCUAUAGAACGGAGGAACAGGCUAAUGCCGCCCGAGAACACUUUGACGAAACAUUUGUGAAUAGUAUGAAAAUAAGUGUACAAGCCUGUGCUAACUUGGGCGAUGAAAAGAAACCUAGAGCGUGGAGCAAGUAUGCCACAGACAGUAAUGCAUAUAAAAAAAUACACAAAGAUGAACAACAGGACACCAAUAAACCUAAGAAGAAGCUUAGCAAAGCUGAAAGACAUAACAAUAAAAUAAGAGAAUUACUUAAAAAGCACAAAGAUGAUCCUCUCUUUGCAGAGUUUAUCGAGGCUCAUGUCAAUGAUAAAACAUCAUGGAUCCAAGAUGCUCUAACAGAUUUAAAUAAGAGUGACAAUGACAGUGGUGUGGAAGAAGAAACAGCUGAUAGUAAGGAUGCAGAACCAACGCAGAACACUUAUGAAAAGGAAACACCUAAUAAUAGUAAAGUGGCUAAUGCGCAAAUUAGUGAUUUGGAUUAUAUGAAAGUGUUAAUGAAGAAAGUUGAUGGCUUCAAAGAAGAUGGCAUACCUCAAGAAGAAACAACACCUAAGAAAAUAAGGAACAGGCCAUUAUUGUAUGUUAAGAUCAACGGACUACCAUUCAAGUGUAAAAAGAAAGAUAUAAAGGAUUUUUUCAAACCUUUAGUACCCUAUUCCAUAAGAUUACCUUUAGGAAAAGGAAAGAAGCUAGCUGGCUUUUGUUAUGUAGGUUUCAGAAGUGAAAUUGAACUUAAAAAAGCUCUGAAGAAAGACAAACUUUUUCUAGGUAGUCACAGAGUGCAUGUCCAUCAGUAUGAAGAUAAAGUGAAGAAAGCGACUGAGGAAGAGGAACAAGAGAGUAUGAGAAGAAAGAAAGAGAAAGCAAAUAAUGGUGAAACAAUUGGCGAAAGUGGAAGUAUAUUUGUCAGAAACUUGCCAUAUGUAGUCUCUGAAGAGGAAAUAACUAAAUUAUUUGAAAAGUAUGGUCCCUUAGCAGAUGUCAACAUGCCAAUUGACCCUAUCCUCCGCCAACCGAAAGGAUUUGCGACAAUAACCUUUGUGAUGCCGGAGCAUGCUGUCAAAGCUUACACGGAGUUAGAUGGGACCGCCUUUUGCGGUAGAAUGAUGCACAUAUUACCUGCUAAAACUGAGAAUGUUGAUGAUGAUGAUGAUGCUGGACUAUCAUUCAAGGAGAAGAAGGCGAAGAAAUUAAAAGACCAAGCAAAGUCUUCCCACAACUGGAACACGCUGUUUCUCGGCGCGAACGCGGUGGCUGAUGUUGUUGCUGCAAACUACAACAUAACCAAGGAACAACUUUUAAACGACAACAAUACUAAUACUAGCGCUGCCGUCAGACUCGCCUUAGGUGAAACGCAGCUGGUCGCUGAAACAAAAGCUUUCUUGGAAAGUAAUGGAGUUUACUUAGACGCAUUCAAUAGGCCAAGUAAAAAGAGAUCAAAAACAUGUAUUUUAGUGAAAAACUUACCAGCUGGCACAGAUAAGGACGAAGUAAAAUCGCUUUUCGAAAAACACGGUCAAAUAGCGAGAUUUCUCAUGCCAAAGCAUGGUAUUACUGCCCUAGUUGACUUUAUUGAGCCAUACGAAGCUAAGAAAGCGUUUCUCAAACUUGCAUAUUCACAAUUCAAGGCGGCUCCGUUGUACCUAGAGUGGGCACCAGAAAAUGUCUUUGUGAAAUCUCUUAAAGAAACACCAAGUGAGAGCGAUAAAGUGGAACAAAAAGAAGAGAGUUCCAAUAUACCUGGAGACGAUAAAAAGCGUAACAAAAAUGAAGAGGUUGAAAGUAAGAAAAUGGAAAGUAAAGAAGAAGACAUGGAAGAUAAAGAAGAACCAGAGAAUGAUACAACGCUAUUUGUAAAGAACGUGAACUUUAAGACUACAGAGGAAUCAUUGAAAGCGCACUUCUCAAACAGUGGCCGCAUCCACAGCGUCACAAUAGCAAAGAAGAAGGAUCCGAAGAAUCCAGGGAAGACUCUUUCUAUGGGCUACGGAUUUGUUCAAUUCUAUAAAAAGGGUCAUGCUACAGAAGCGCUAAAGACACUACAAGGUUCCACUUUAGAUGAGAAGGGACUGGAGUUGAAACGUUCGGAGCGGGGUAACCAAUCGGAAGUGACAACCGUGAAAAAAAGUAUAAAGGAGACGGCGCAAAAUGGGUCCAAAAUAUUAGUCAGAAACGUACCAUUCCAAGCGAACAAAAACGAAUUGAAUGAAAUAUUCAGAGCUUUCGGCGAAAUAAAAACGCUACGAUUGCCGAAGAAAUUGGCUGCUGGCUCCGAUCAGCAUCGAGGUUUUGCCUUCAUCGACUUUUAUUCAAAAGCUGAUGCCAAGAACGCGUUCGAAGCCCUUUGCCAAUCGACUCACUUGUACGGGAGGAGAUUAGUGCUAGAGUGGGCGGACCAAACAGAUGAGAACGACGAUGUCUCAGCGUUAAGGAAGAGAACGGCCGAUGCGUACAACGCGAAAACACCAGGCGGCAAAAAGAACAGGAAAGGAACUAUCGAUCCAGAGGAAUUCGUUGAAAGUGACAAUAAAAUUAUGUAA